AUGGGCGCCCCUGUCGGCUGCGGCAUCCCCGCCGUGCUGCCCUCCCGCCCGGCCGCGGGCGCAUCGUCGCCCUUCGUGGCCGCGCUGCAGGCCGCCGGCGCGCACGCCGCGCGCCACUGCAGCAUCCAGCCGCUCAACGCGCCGACGCUCGGCGGCAACGUCCGCAACCCGGGCGGCGCGUGGCGCGCGGCGGGCGGCGGCGCGACGGGCGCGGCGGCGGCCGUCGCGCUGGGGAAGGCGGACGUUGGGGUGGGCUCGGAUUUCCUGGGCUCUGUGCGGCUGCCGGCGGCCUGUAUGGGGCUCUGCUCGUAUGUCCCCACACCCGGCGCGGUGGGCGGCUGGGAGGAGCAGGGCGGCGGCGGCGGCGACGGCGGCAGCGCACGGGCGCCCGCUGAAGGCCCCGGCGAGGUGGCGGCGCUGGUGUCUCACGAUAUGGGGACGCUGGCGGCGGUGGCGGAUGCCCUGAAGCUGCCCGGCAACCCCAACCUGCGGCACGAGCUGACGCAGGCGCGCGCGCGCGUGGUGGUGGCUGAGGACCUGUUCAAGCUGACAGAUCCCCAUGACAUGGCCGCCCCCACCGUGGCCAUUAAAAAGGCCGUGCUGCAGUGGGCGGGCCAGGAGCAGGCCGGCAGCGUGCAGCUGCUGGCGUUCCUGGAGGGCAACGUGGCGCGGUGGCGGGAGCUGGUGCACGAUGCGGACGCUCACGCCGGGCCGCCCGACGCCGCGGCGCAGUCGCCGCCGGUGCUGCGCGCGCUGCACCGGGCGGCGGACAUCCUUCACAAGCGGCGGCUGUGGCUGCGCUACGGGCACCUGCUGCAGCAGCAUGAGAUGGCCUCGGACAAGGGACGUGGGGUGGCUGCAGGGGAGGUGGCGCAGGGAGAGGGGGCCCAGAAACAGCAGCAGCAGGAGGAGGAGCAGGGGCCACAGCAGCAGGAAGAGCAGCAGGAGCAGACGCAGCAGCAGGAUGAGCAGCAACAGCAACAGCAGCAGCAGCAGCAGCAGCAGCAGCAGCAACAGCGGCAAGAAGAGCAACAGCAGCGGGAACAGCAGCAAGAGCAGGAGCAGCGGCAGGAGGGGCAGGAGCAGGAGCAGGAGCAGGUCGAUGCGCCCGGUGCUGUCGCCGUGAACGGCACAGGCGGCGCCGAGGGCGCGCUGCAGCUGCCCCCGGAUGUCGUCGAUCUGCUGCGGGAGGCGUCGCGCAUCACAGACGCGCAGGAGGCCUCGGCGCGGGCGGUGGCUGAGGAGGUCGAGGAAGUAAUUGGCAGCGCCGUGCGGAGGGAUGUGGUGGUGGUCGCCCCAAUCCUCCCCUCGCCCCCGCCCCGCCUGGACGCGCUGCCUGCGGCCGCGGCCGCCUUCCUCCGCCGCGCCCACCAGUUCGCGGCGGUCACCGCGCUCGCGGGCGCGCCAACCGUCACGCUGCCGCUGGGGGUUGCAGGGGGCGCGCCGGUGGGGCUGGCGCUGUUUGGGCAGGCCAGGAGCGACCGGCGGCUGCUGGCGGUUGCGGCGAAGCUGCUGCCGCUGGCGCAGAGGAGGGACAACGGCAGCCCCUAUUGA